AUGUCCGAGUCCAUCAGCGACAGUGGGCGGCCCAAGGUGGUGGACGAGAAGAACCAGCCUGUUGUUGACGGUCAAGAUGUCGAGACCGGCCAUCUUCAGGAGUUGGAGGUUGACCUUGCCGAGGCUUUGGAUGAGGGCAACAAGGAGAUUGAUCUGGAUGCCGAUCACUCACCUUACCCGGAAGUUCGCGCCGUCGUUCCGGAGGUCGACGACCCUAGUAUUCCAGUAAACACACUCCGAAUGUGGGUUAUCGGUUAUGCUUUCACCAUGAUCGGCUCUGGAAUCAACAAUUUCUUUUCACUCCGAUAUCCGUCGGUGCAUAUCGUGGCCCUCGUUGCUGAGCUCUUAGCCUACCCGUGCGGUGUUUUCCUGGCUCAUGUUCUGCCACUUUGGACCAUCAAUCUCGGCCCCCUGGGAAAGUGGUGUAUCAACCCGGAUCGUCAUUUCAACAUAAAGGAGCACACCGUCAUUACCAUCAUGGCCAACGUUUCAAUCGGUUUUGGCAGUGCGGAUGCCACCAGCAUCAUCCAAGCUUACAGUAAAUUCUACGGCUUCCCUAUGCGUGCUGGCCUCAACAUCCUGAUGGUCCUUUGCUGUCAGCUUCUCGGCUUUGGUGUUGCUGGUCUCUCCUCCCCCUGGCUGGUCGCUCCCGCGAAUAUCAUUUGGCCCGGUUCCUUAUCCAUCUGCGCUUUGCUGAGUACUCUCCACUCGCGCGCCAAUGCCGUUGCCAAUGGCUGGAGAAUCACACGUUUACGCUUCUUCAUGUACGUGAUGGUCGGCGCCUUCAUUUGGUGGUGGUUUCCGGGUCUCAUGUUCGUCGCGCUCUCCUACUUCACUUGGGUCUGCUGGAUCGCCCCCAAGAAUCGCAUCGUCAACCAUCUGUUUGGCAUGCAGACGGGCCUUGGCUUGAGCCCAAUCACCUUCGACUGGACGCAGAUUGCCUACAACACCAACCCCUUGCUGUCGCCUUCUUGGGCGGCUCUGAACGUCUUCUUUGGAUUCGUUGGAGCUUUCUGGAUCAUUGUUCCAGCGAUUUACUACACUAACACCUGGUGGACUGGCUAUCUUCCGCUCAUGACUGCCGACGUCUAUGACCGGACGGGCGGAACCUACAACGUCACCACCUUGCUCAAUGACGAUGGAUCUUUCAACGCCACGAGGUACGCCGAUUACUCACCACCAUAUCUUGGAGCAUCGUUCGCUUUUGUUUAUGGUUUGAGUUUCGCGUCUCUUACCUCUGUUCUUGUGCAUGUUGGUCUCUGGCAUGGGAAAGAUAUUUGGAGGACUCUCCGUGUCGGCCAGAAGCUUGAUAUCCAUGGCAGGCUAAUGGAGGCAUACAAGAAGACACCGUGGUGGUGGUACGCCGUUGUUACCGUCAUCACCCUUGCCCUGUCCAUCGUCAUGGUCGAGGUGUAUGAAACGCUUUUGCCAGUGUACGGAAUUGCGUUGGGACUUUUAAUUCCUGCAAUCUACAUGAUUCCAUGCGGAAUCAUUCAGGGAAUUACCAACGUCGACGCUCAGCAGCUCAAUGUCCUCAGCGAGUUCAUCGGCGGUUACAUGUUUCAGGGCAAGCCCUUGGCCAACAUGCUUUUCAAGACACUUUCCCAGGACGUCGUUCAGCAAGGCCUCUUCUUCGCUCAAGACAUGAAGCUCGGCCAUUAUAUGAAGGUCUCGCCGCGUUUGGUUUUUGCGGCACAGGGCAGCGCAACCGUGCUCGGUGCGUUGACCCAAGUCGGCGUCACCACUUGGAUGCUGGGCAAUAUCCAAGACAUUUGCAGCGAGGAUCAGUCAAGCGGGUUCACUUGCCCGAAUGGCCGCACGGUCUUCUCUGCAUCCGUUAUUUGGGGGUUGAUUGGGCCGGCACGCUUGUACAGUGUGGGCAAGAUCUAUUCUGGCCUACUGCAUUUCUUUUGGAUCGGCGCGCUCAUGCCAGUGAUUACGUGGGGAGCUUGGAAAUACACUAAGAAAGACUUUUUCAAGAAGGUUAAUUGGCCAUUGAUCUUCGUUGGUUCAUAUAACGUGCCCCCAGCGACCGGCAUUAAUUACUCCAGUUGGGCCCUUGUCAACUAUAUUUUCAACCACUGGAUCAAGGGGAAGUUUUUCUCUUGGUGGACAAAGUACAACUACGUCCUCGCAGCCGCUCUCGACACAGGCACAGCACUGUCUGGAAUCAUUAUUUUCUUCUGUGUCACGUAUCCAGGAGCUGUAUUUCCUACAUGGUGGGGGAAUGAGGUCUACUCGAAUACAGCUGAUGCUCAAGGUGUGCCAUACUUGGACAUGCCAUCUGUUGGGUAUUUCGGGUACGCGAACGGGACAUGGUCAUAG